CCCCCCCCCCCCCCCAGCAAAGUAGAUGGUUUAUUGAUAAUUAUUUGAGUCUUUGCGGAGGGUGUCCGCUCCUUUUUAAUGCUUUUUUGUUCUCAUGUCAUUACUUGUAACCAUUUCCAUUUACUGUAACCAAUGUUCGCCUGUGCUAGCCGUGUUAGCUUAAUGCUAGCGGGUUAUUCCGGCUCAUUUCCUGACCCACCCCCCUCCCGUAAAAAAGUACCGGUAGUUUAUUGAUAAUUAUUUGUGAGUCUUUGCAGAGGGUGUCCGCUCUUUUUUUACUGCUUUGUUGUCAUUUCAUGACUUGUUUGGAUAAAACUAAGUCGAUUUUUACGACAGUGUCAGGAUCGAGCAUACACGACAGUGUUAAGUCCACGGUGGAUAAAAAAUUCUGGAGGAGAUUAAAGUCGUAAUGAAGGAUACGGUCAGACGAACUGAGACCGGUGUAUUAGAACGAUUACUGUGGGUUUUUUGGGGCUCUUAUGCAAUCUUUACGGGUUUGACAUGACUACAGCACAGUGAAAUCAUCAACAGGGGCAGUUGAUUAUACAAUAUUGCAUAUUGUGUUGAGCUCUUAAGCAGAAGUGUAAUCCGGUGCGGUCAUUGGUAGGCUAGAAGUUCCUAAGAUAAAAGCAUAAUGUUUAAUAAUAACCUUCUUUCUUUUUUUCUUUCUUUGUGUAUUUAUUUAUUCAUGAAUGAAGGAAUUAUUGGAAAUUGUAAAUCUACUUUUUUUUGCAAUCGCCAGAAUGGAUACUCUGAGAUACUGUCAGCUGUACAGACCCUGGUGUCUGCCCUUCAGCAAAAUCUACAGCAGAGCCAAGCUGCAAACAGGGUGAACCAGGGACCUGGUCCAGUAGUACAGCAACAGAUGGCUACUCCUCAGCAUAGCCAGACACCACACCAAAGUGAUCAGGGACAGAGUCAGAGUCUUUUAGCACAGCAACGGACCACAUCUGUACAGCAGGAAAUGAGCAGGUCUUUUCCAGCUCUCUUCCGGAGGCAAAAUGCUACUGGAAAAAGACGUUUUCCAAGUGCCUCAAAAAUAUGCAAAAUGUCCAAGUUAAUGAAAGCGUUUUCAUGCAACUUCUGCUUGCUCAAUACAAAUUUAAAGUACACCCCCUCUCCUUCAGAGGAAUUACAACUUUUUCAGGCUGGACUAGGCAAACGAAGCAUCAGUCUUUCAGAGAACCUAAGUCAUUCUGAGCUGCAGAACCUGUUGCAUGAAGCAUUUCCAAAACUGGAGGCGUUAACAGGAGGAUGGCUGCUUCAUAAAUCCUCAGGUGGCAAUGGAAAGAGACAAAUGAUACUCAUAGCUCCAGAUAGCGAAGGCUAUACAGGGGCACAAAUAAAGAUGGUCUCCCUCAGUGGUAAAGCAACUCUUUAUAUAGUUCCUCUACAAGACGAACUCAACACUACUCCUUUACCCCCUGAAGCGAAAGAAUUUGAGAGCAUGCCUAAAGCAGCAUGCAAAAGUUGCCAAAAGCUAUUUCCACUGCAAGUUCUGGCUCUCCAUGUACAUUCAUGCCCAGUGAUGUUAAGCUCAUCUGAUGAGGAAGAGCCUGGUGAGGGUGAAUGCCCCAUAUGCCACGAAACGUUUCCAUUUGUGGACUUAAACAUUCAUGCCAGUUCCUGUGGAGAAAGGUCUGACAACAGUCUUGAAACCAACACUGCAUCAGAUACACUUUCUGACAAGAUUUCUUGUGAGGAAGAUGUUUUACGUUGGCUUGCUGCCCAAAUUGACCACACAAAAGAGUUCAGCCUUUGUGUGGCACGAGAACAGUUGGUGGAACGGGGUAUGAUGCUCUGGAAAAGACAAAAGCGAAGUUCCCCCAUCAAUCCUCUUAAAGUUACUUUUCUGGGAGAGUCUGGAAUUGACACUGGGGCACUGCGUGUGGAGUUCCUGACAGAGUUGAUUUCUGGGAUUGGUGACAGGCUCUUUGAGGGUCAAGAAGGGAAAGGAAGAAUCCCAAAGUAUUCCCUAAAUGACCUUGACAAUGGUCUCUUCAGAGUUGCAGGGGAAGUCUUUGCAGCGAGCCUUGCACAGGGUGGUCCAGCUCCAUGUUUCCUACAAGAAUGGUGCUACCAGUUCCUGGCAACUGGUGAGCUGAUACCCAUAAGCAAAGAUGACAUCUUUGACUUGGAGUUGUCACCACUGAUUGAAGCUAUUGACGAGGCGAACGAUAUGACAAGCUUCACAGACCAGAUUGUUAAUUGUGGCUACACUGGUCCAAUAAAUGAGGAGCAUAAAGCUAGCAUAAUCAGGGCAAUUGUCUUGCAUGCCACAACAAAAAGGACAGCGAUGCUAAGCCAGCUACGACAAGGCUUAGAUGUCUAUGACUUCUUAAAGGUCAUCAAAGGAAAUCCAGAACAUUGCCGUGGUCUGUUUGUUGCAGGCAAUAUUGAGAAAGUGGAUUCACACUACAUUGUGUCCAGACUUGCACCGGAGUUCAGUAGCUCCACAGUCAACCAACUAACAGAAAAAAAAAUCUUAAACUACUUUCAAGAUUUUCUGCUCGAACUUGAGGAUGCAGAACCCGAAGACCACGACGAGCCCUCUGUCCCCGGUGUGAUGCAAUGGCUUUCUGGCCAGGCUCACAGACAUCUCUUGUUAUCAGACAGGGAAGCAUUUAAAAUAGUUGUUCGUUUUAACCACAAUUGCUUUGACAACAUGCCUGGUCACACCAUCUGCUUCCCUGUUGUUAGUGCCUGCACACAAACUGUGACUUUUCCAACAGCUCAUCUCAACUCUUUUGAGGAGUUCAAAGAGAGUAUCUUGAUCUCUCUGAAGUGUGGCGCAGGAUUCCACAGAAUCUAGUGUUUCAACAAUUUUUGUUUUGUUAAAAUGUAGUGUUUCAACAAUUUCUUUUGUUAAAAACUAGUGUUUCAACAAUUUGUUAUUUUGCAAAACGUACUGUCUUUUUGUAAACAAAAGGAAUUUAAUGGAUCAAACAUAAAAAAUUGAAGUUAUACAAAA